CUUUAUCAGUCCUGCACCCCCUUCCAGCAGCAGAUAACCGGCGUGACUUUCCUUGAGAGGUACAUGAGACGCAGGUGACAUGCAAGCGGUGCGGCAUGUGGUGUGCGCCAUGUCCGGAGGGGUGGACAGCGCCGUGACCGCCCUGCUGCUGCGAAGGAGAGGUUAUCAGGUUACUGGUGUCUUUAUGAACAACUGGGAUGUGGUGGACGAACAUGGCAUGUGCAGUGCAGAGAAGGACUGUGAGGACGCCUAUCUGGUCUGCCGGAAGCUGGACAUCCCCUUCCACCAGGUGUCGUAUGUGAAGGAGUACUGGCAUGAGGUGUUCAGUUAUUUCUUGAGUGAAUAUGAGAAAGGAAGGACCCCGAAUCCAGACGUAUUGUGCAACAAGCGUAUAAAGUUUAACCACUUCCUAAACUAUGCUAUUGAUAACCUAGGGGCUGAUGCCAUAGCCACUGGCCAUUAUGCAAGAACAUCACAUGAGGAUGAAGAAAUAUUUCAGCACCCAUAUUUAAAGGCUCCCCAGACUCUCUUUAGGAACAGAUUUGAAAUAAGAAGCAAUGUGAAGCUUCUCCAAGCUGCCGACCACUUCAAGGACCAGACCUUCUUCCUCAGUCAGAUAUCACAGUAUGCAUUAAGAAAAACCUUAUUCCCACUUGGAGGUUUGACCAAGGAAUUUGUGAAGAAAAUUGCAGCAGAAGCGGGAUUUCAUCAUGUUUUAAAGAGAAAAGAGAGCAUGGGGAUCUGUUUCAUCGGUGAGAGAAAUUUUGAAAGAUUCAUCCUUGAGUAUUUAGAGCCCCAGUCUGGAAACUUUGUUUCAAUUGAAGAUGGGAAAAUCUUGGGUACACACAAAGGUUGGUUUCUGUUUACUUUGGGCCAGAGGGCAAGAAUAGGCGGCCUGCGAGAUGCAUGGUUUGUGGUUGAUAAAGACGUUUCCACAGGUGACAUUUUUGUGGCCCCUUGUACAGAUCACCCAGCCUUGUUCAGGGAAUUACUGCGCACUGACAGAAUGCAUUGGAUUUCAGAAGAGCCUCCUGCAGAGCUGGUGCAGAACAAGAUGAUGGAGUGUCAUUUUAGGUUUCAACACCAGAUGGCCCUAGUGCCGUGUGUACUGACCUUAAACCAGGAUGGCACAGUUUGGGCCACAUUAGUGAAGCCAAUACGAGCCCUCACACCUGGACAGUUUGCGGUUUUCUACAAAGGAGAGGAAUGCCUUGGAAGUGGUAAGAUUGUGCGGCUGGGACCAUCACUGUACACGCUACAAAUGGGCCAAGAUAGAAUGAAAUCUGCAGCAAAUGUAACGGCGGAGACUGUGAAAGAUCUGGAUCCAUUAACCUGACUGCUGUAAUCUUCCUAGCUAAUUGGAAGAAUACAGUGGAACCCAAGCCAGCCAAUUAUGAAAGAAGGAAAGCAUACACUGACUCUGUGGUAAUUAAGGGGCAAGUUCUGACAGACCUUGACUGGCAUCCUUGCUCCGAGGUCUUCCAUACACAAUGAUGGAUUGUUUUCCGCAGACAGUCCAUCAACCUGUACAUCUCUCAGAAUAGCUUUCCUAAGAUGAAGACACUAGUUUUUUUUAAUGUUUUUAUUUAAAACUGUCAAGGGCUGGAAUAUAUUUUUGGAAUAAUUUACUAUUUUUAUUGCUGUUUAUUUGUUUUACACCUUGGGGGUGAUUUUAAGGACUAGUCUGUUGGCCUAACAGGGAAGUUCAGAAAUAAAAUAUGGAAGAAAAGUGUUGAGAAUUCAGCUAAUAUUUCCAGUCACUGUUGUGCAGGCACAAGAUCAAAUGACUGAAGUCUCACACAAUACAAAUCAUUAACAUUUCUGUGCCCUACAUGGCUGUAUUAUGUAUGGAGUGCACAACCUUUUUUGGUCUAAAGGCAUCAUUGUCAAAUUGUUUUAUUCCAAUGGGAUGCAUUAAAAACGUCCAAUUGCACUGGCCUAUUACACAGGCUGAUACAAAAUGAAUGGAGGAUGAAUGAUCGUGACCACAGUGGUUCCUCCCUCAUUCAGGUCUACUGAUUAUCUGCAGCACAUCCCUGAUUACACAGGGAGAUGUGCUGCAGAUCAGGCAUCUUUCAUCCUUUAUCAGCUAACAAAGGAGGGUUUGCUUGUUUAUCAGCUGAUUGGUGGCACAAUUAUAUGGGCCAAUUAUCAGUAAUGAUUGUUCUUAUGUUCUCAAUAA